ACUGGCAACUUGCGGAGGAGUUGAGUUUGGCCGAUCAUGGAGAACUCACAGCCUCAUCAUACCUUUAGGUAGGUAUUUGUGGUAUCAAACUAUCUAUUACCAGAUCGGGUGCCUCAGCUGCUCUUCUCUGCUUGUACUUUUAUAUGCCCCUUCGCCUGAUUGUCAGCGGACUGCCUCGAGCAAGAGUCUAUUCAACCAUGGCGCCAGCCAACAUCAAGGUCGCAGCCAACGAUUUCCUCGAUUUCGUCAAUGCUUCUCCCACUCCGUAUCAUGCAGUCAAAUCAAUCAAAGAACGACUGACCAGUGUUGGGUUCAAGGAGAUCAAGGAGAAAGAUUCAUGGUCGUCGAGAUGUCUUCCCGGCGGUAAAUACUUCCUCACCCGAAACGCCUCUACCAUUGUAGCCUUCGCUAUUGGCAAGAAAUGGAAGCCUGGCAAUCCAAUCUCCAUGAUCGGGGCCCAUACCGACUCACCCUGCCUACGUAUCAAGCCUGUAAGCAAGAAGCAAGGAGAUGGGUUUAUACAAGUGGGGGUCGAAACAUACGGAGGCGGGCUUUGGCACACCUGGUUUGAUCGCGAUUUGGGCGUUGCGGGAAGGGUCAUGGUCAGAGACACAGAGGGCAAUGUGGUACAGAAGCUGGUGCAUAUCAACAAGCCCAUUCUACGCAUACCGACUCUGGCUGUCCAUCUCGAUCGACAGGAGACAUUCUCCUUCAACAAGGAAACCCAGCUCUUCCCUAUCGCCGGCUUAGUGGCUGCUGAGCUGAAACGUCAGGAUGAGAAGAAAGCCCAGGUGACAGGGGAUGUUCCAGCCGAAGAAGAGGAGGAGACUACCAAACCAUUUUCACCCCUCAAAGCCAUCACGACACGACAUCACCCUCACAUCGUCGAGCUUAUAGCGUCAAAUGCUGGAGUUUCUCCUGAAGAGGUCAUCGAUUUCGAGAUUAUCCUUUACGAUACGCAAAAGGCAUGCCUUGGAGGCUUGACAGACGAGUUCAUCUUUUCGGCAAGACUGGACAACCUCAACCAGACAUACUGUGCAACCAUGGGCUUGAUCAACUGCCUCGAGUCGUCUUCCGCCCUCGACGAUGAAUCCUCCAUCCGGCUCAUCGCUUGCUUCGACCACGAAGAGAUUGGCAGCAUGACCGCACAAGGAGCCUUCUCGAUGAUGUUGCCAGCGAUCAUCCGACGACUCUCAGUCUUGCCCUCCUCCGGCUUUGUGGAUGGUUCGGAAGAUUCCUACGAUCAUGCAAGUGAUCCGGACCUCUCCACAGCUUAUGAGCAAACCCUCGCAAGCUCUUUCUUGGUAUCGGCAGAUAUGGCUCACUCAGUGAAUCCGAAUUACGGAGCUAAAUACGAGUCUGAUCACAAGCCUGAAAUGAAUCAGGGUCCAGUGAUCAAAAUCAAUGCCAACGCGAGGUAUGCAACCAACUCACCUGGAAUCGUGUUACUUCAAGAAGUUGCCCGAAAGGCAGCCAAGAUCAUCGACAGCGAUCCUGAAGGUGUACCUUUGCAACUGUUUGUGGUCCGAAACGAUUCGAGCUGCGGAAGCACUAUCGGUCCCAUGCUGUCUGCUCAUCUCGGUGCGCGUACGCUUGAUCUCGGCAACCCUCAGCUUUCUAUGCACAGUUGUCGUGAAACUGGUGGUGCGGAUGAUGUUCACCAUGCGAUUAGAUUGUUCAGCAGUUUCUUCCAGCAUUACUCUGCAUUGGAGAAGACCAUACUGGUGGACUAGGCGAAGUCUGUCUUUGCACAGCCAGCCAUGAAGAAGCCCACCCAGCCAUGUGCGGCGGCACUUCAGUUUGUAAAUGUGGACUCGAACUCCUAGGUCUGGGUCCAAAUAUCAAUGACAAGGGGACAACGUUACCCCCAAGGCGGUGGUGAGGUACAAGCACGCGUAGAGAAUCUUCUCUGCGCCAAGCGGCCAUUGCAUUCACGAUUAAUUGUCCUUGAUAUAUUGCAAAACUGGAAUUUCUGCUACAAUUCACAAUGAAGCUAGAUGAGGUGCCAAAAGGUAGUCCUCGUGGCCGAGUGGUUUACAACCGAUGACAUAUACUUUAGCCUUAACUGUGAAAGUAUUUCAUCCGACUUCGGUUGCCCUAGACUCACCAGGGUUCGUUCGCUCCUCUCUCUAACGAAGAAAAACCAGUACAGCUGGUUUCACUUACCUACAACCUCCUGACCACCGGGUCAAGGAGCUUGAGGCAAAGUUUUUGCCUUUUAUGUUGGUCGU